AUGAGUGUUCCGCGACUCGAGUUAUCUGCAGCUCAAUUACUCGCACGGCUCAUUUAUUUCAUUUGCGAAGCUCUCGACUUUCGUGAGGUAAAUGUUUAUUGUUGGACCGAUUCCACAAUUACUCUUGCCUGGCUGAGCCGACCUUCUACUACAUGGAAGACAUUUAUAGCGAAUAGAGUAGCCGAUAUUCACACGCUGCUUCCGGACAUUCCAUGGCGUCAUGUCCCAACAAAGGAAAAUCCUGCCGACUGCGCAUCGCGCGGGAUCUCUUCCGACGACCUUGCCACAAACCUUCAAUGGUGGUCAGGGCCCGAUUGGCUUAUUAAAUCUUCCGAUUACUGGCCACAAUCUGACUCGGAUUUCGAUCCCCACGCGCUAAGCGAGCAACGCGCGCAACCACAAUCGCUCACUACAUCCGUUGUCGCAUCGUGGGACCUAUCACAACGUUAUUCGUCAUGGCACAAACUCCUUCGAAUAACUGCAUACAUCUAUCGAUUCAUAACGAAUUCCCGCUCUCGACAUAUCAAUCUCAAUCUGAAGAUACAAAACCCUAGAGCUCCGAUCUACCUAAAUCCGAUUGAAAUCAAGUCCGCUGAAAUCUUUUGGAUUCGUUAUAUUCAAUCAGAAUUGUUUCAUAGCGAGAUAUUAGCACUCAGUACGGCAACUCCAAUCAAGAAAUCUAGCACACUGCUUUCAUUAAAUCCUUAUCUCGAUAAUGAUCAAAUAAUUCGAGUCGGUGGCAGGCUAAGGAACGCCACUUUACAAAGCGCCGUUCGCAAUCCGAUUGUCCUAAAGGACCAUACCUUGGUCAGGAUGAUCAUCAUGGACACCCACCGACGAAUGUUGCACGCUGGAUCUCAAUUAACAUUAGCUCGGAUUCGAGAGAAAUUUUGGAUUCUGCGAGCACGAUCUCUGGUUCGCGCUGUACUCUACAAAUGUGUAUCAUGUACACGAGAAAAGGCUCAGAUUCCUACCGAGCUCAUGGGCGACCUUCCGAAUGUAAGAGUAAAUCGCUCAGCUCGAGCAUUCGAACAUGCCGGUGUCGAUUAUGCCGGUCCAAUUCUUGUACGAACCUCUCGUGGACGAGGUCAUAAAGCGCAUAAAGCCUAUAUUGCCGUGUUCGUUUGUAUGACGACAAAGGCGAUCCAUCUCGAGCUCGUUAGCGACUACUCUUCAGACGCUUUUCUCGCCACAUUAAAUCGUUCCGUUUCUCGUCGCGGAUACCCUGCAUCGAUUUAUUCGGAUAAUGGAACCACAUUCCAAGGUGCCGAUCGCGAACUUAAACUCGCAAUCGCGCAGGCUUUAAAAAACUCGGAUUUGCAAAAUACGCUUUCGACCGACGGAAUAAACUGGCAUUUCGUGCCUCCUUCCGCUCCCCACUUCGGUGGAUUAUGGGAAGCUGCCGUACGCAGCGUCAAACACCAUUUAAAGCGCUGUAUCGGCUCACAUACGCUCACAUUUGAAGAAUUAAAUACUGUUCUUUGUCGUAUCGAAGCGUGUCUUAACUCGAGACCUAUUGGGUCUGUGUCCGAAAAUCUCGAUGAUUAUCAUGUAUUAACACCGGGACACUUCCUCAUCGGAGGACCCAUCUUAGCUGCGCCACAGCCAAGCGUUCUCGAUCUUAACGAAACUCGUCUUUCCCGCUGGCAAUUGUUGCAACAUAUUACAGAAAAAUUUUGGAAAUCAUGGUCAAACGACUACUUAUUAACGUUGCAGCAGCGGCCAAAAUGGAAAAUUGCGCAACGACUUGCGACUGUAGGCCGAAUCGUUCUCUUGCGGAACGCACUUGCUCCUCCGUCUCACUGGGAGCUCGGACGUAUCAUCGAAUGUCAUCCCGGCAACGACGGACUCGUUCGCGUCGUUACCGUGCGCACCGCGCGUUCACAGUAUAAGCGUCCAAUUGUAAAAUUAUGUUUUCUUCCGAUCGAUAUCAAUACUUCAAGCGAUCAAAGUUCCGCCAUGGCGGGCGGCACCGAUUCCGAUUAG